AUGCCGCCUUCCGGAUCAAUCAGCAACUUAGACUGGGAGCCUGGGUUUGACACGAUCGCCAUUCACGGCGGGCAGGAGCCGGACCCCAUCAACGGCUCACGAGCCGUGCCCCUUUUUCAAACCUCAGCUUAUAACUUCAAUGACGCCGCAGACGGAGCCGGGAAAUUCGCCUGGUCAAAGGACGGAUAUGUAUACACGCGGAUGGGCAACCCCACGAAUACCGUCUUCGAGACACGGAUGGCUAUGCUAGAAGGGGGCGUAGGCGCAGUAGCAACAGCGUCGGGCCAUGCAGCACAGUUCAUGGCUUUGACCCAAUGUUGUGAGCCAGGCCAUAAUUUCGUGAGUACGAGUUGGUUGUACGGUGGUAGCUUCAACCAAUUUCGCGUUUAUAUGAGAAAAUUCAAGAUUGAAGUCAAGUGGGUGGUGGGCAACGAUCCAGCCAAAUUUGACGAGGCAGUCGACGAGAACACGCGUGCGAUCUAUAUUGAAACGAUCAGCAACCCAAAGCACAGCGUACCAGACAUCCCUGCGAUCGCUGCCGUCGCCCACAAGCACGGCAUCCCCUUAAUUGUCGACAAUACGUUUGGUAUGGGCGGAUACUUAUGCCAGCCUAUCAAGCUCGGGGCCGAUAUUGUCACACAUUCGGCCACCAAGUGGAUUGGGGGCCAUGGAACAAGCAUGGGCGGCAUCGUCAUCGACGGCGGGCACUUUGACUGGAGCGCAUCGGGAAAAUUUCCAGGUUUCACAGAGCCUGCCGAGGGCUACCACGGCAUGCGGUUCUGGGAAACAUACGGCAAGAAGGCGCUGGCUGCGAAGCUGAGGAUGGACGCUAUGCGCGAUCUCGGUCCCUGCAUGAGCCCGUUCAACGCAUGGUUAUUCCUGCAGGGCCUCGAGACGUUAUCGCUCAGGGGCGCCAGGACCGUCGAGAACACCCAGAAGUUGGGCGAGUGGUUGGAAGCGCAUCCAUGUAUUAACUGGGUCCUAUACCCGGGUCUGAACUCGCAUCCCGACUACGAACUGGCGAAGAAGAUUCUACCAAGGGGUGGAGGAGGCGUCCUGACUUUCGGUGUGGCUGGAAAAGUCGAGCAAGUGCGCGCGGUAGUAGACAAUCUGAAGAUGACCAGUCACUUGGCCAAUGUGGGCGAUUGCAAGACUCUCAUCAUUCACCCUUGGGUUACGACACACCAGCAGAUGCCCGACGAAGAGAAGAUAAAAGGCGGUGUUACUCCCGAUUUGCUCCGCGUCAGUCUCGGCAUUGAAGACUUCGCGGAUAUCAAACGUGAUUUCGAGCAGGCAUUUGCUGCGGCUGGUUUACUGAAGGCAGACAAGUCGGGCGGCGACCCAUUCUCGAAGGCCAUGGAUCUGGUCAGUGGUGGUUUCAUGGGCAAGCUGUCAACGGGUGCUCCCAAGCCUGGUACGGAUGGGACGAUAGGUUGA